AUGGUGGAACAAAUUCACAAGAGAAGACAACCAGUCCCCUCCGUGGAUGCAGUAUACUACAUCCAACCAACAAAAAAAAAUCUUCAUUUCAUAUUGGCUGACAUGGCUGGAAAAGCGCCUCUAUAUAAAGAAGCUUAUGUCUUCUUCAGUUCAUCUGUUUCAAAAGAAUUGGUUGCUGACAUAAAAAAGGAGCCAAGUAUAAAGUCUCGCUUACGUGGCAUGAAAGAGUGUUUUAUCACUAAUCAUGGGAGCGCGUUGGAAGAACUUUAUGGGGAUGAAGAAUUUUCCCGAAAAGGAGAUGAAUGUGUAACUGCCAUGGCCAAUCGUAUUGCAACUGUAUUUGCUUCAAUGUUGGAGUUCCCAUUUGUGCGUUACAGAGCUGCCAAAUCACUUGACCCCAAAACAAUGUCAAAAUUUUGUAAUCUAAUCCCUACAAAACUUGCUGUUGCUGUUUGGAAUAAUCUUAUGAAAUAUAAAACUCUCAACCACUUCCCACAAACUGAAACAUGUCAUUUGCUCAUUUCUAUGUAA